AGUACUAGUAGUGUUCUUACUAAUUUCUCACGCUAUUCUCGUCUCUUCAUUUUCUGCAUUCAACAUCACUCACUCUCUCUCUCGUCUCUUCCAAAAUUUAGGGUUCUGGUGGUAAGAAUCCAAUGUCAAUGUCAAUGUCGAAUGCGAAGAAGAAGAAGAAGAUGAUGGUCAAAAUCAAGAGGCAGAAGCUGGAAGCAUGCAUGAAAUGCCCUCUUUGCCGUAACCUUUUCAAAGAAGCUACCACCAUUUCUCUCUGCCUCCACACCUUUUGCAGGAAGUGCAUAUAUGAGAAACUUUCAGAUGAGGAGAUGGAAUUCUGUCCAGUUUGCAAUAUUGAUCUGGGGUGCCUACCAAUGGAAAAGCUCAGGCCUGAUCACAAUUUGCAAGAUAUUAGGGCCAUAGUAUUCCCUUUUGAACGAAGAAAGAUCGAAGUCCAAGAAGUUGUUCCUUCAAUAUCCUCACCAGGGAAAAAGAAGGAAAGAUCACUUUCAUCAUUUGUGGUUAGUGCUCCCAAAGUUUCAACAGACACUGGCCUUACAGGAAAGAGCAUUAAAACUGGUACAAGGAAGGCUGCUGCUUUUGAUGUGGCUGCACAGCCUCCUCUUCCGACCCCUACUGUUGAGCAUCUGCUAAAUGGAAUCCUUCUAAGGGUGACAGAAAUGGGCCUCAUCAUGAAACAGCAAUGGAAGACCGAGUUGGAGGGCCAAAGUGGAGGUUUUAACGAUGAGUUGGGGCUGCUGAGGACAGAGAAAUCAUUCCUUUCUCAAUGGGAUAGCCGCUUCCAGGGACAUGAGUUCGUUGAAAAGAACCCUGCCCUUACUGACAAUGCCGGCAAAUUCUACACUCUUGGAGCUGAGCAGGCUUGCCAUGCCAUCAUAAAACAACACUCCCUGAGGUCCGCCAACUUAGGCGAGGCAAUGGUAGAAGGACCAAGUGCUUUUGAGAAAUCUAGGACUGCAAUGGAGGGCGAGCUGGAAGUGGCGCGAAGGAGGCUGGAGAGGUAUGACGAGGACAUGGAAGGAAUGAAACAGAAGAUUUUUCAGACUGAAGAGGACAAGGAAAAGGAAAUUGACAAGAUGAAGGCCCAAAUGGAGGAGGAUAUUAGGAAGGAGAGAGCCUUGGCGACCCAAGCUCAAGAGGAGGUGAAAAAAGAAGAAGAUAAAGUUUCAAAGCUGACUGAUGAGGUCACCAAGCUUGGCAAAGUGGUUUCGAGAAAAGAAGACGAAGUUUCAAAGCUGAAUGAUGAGAACACCAAGCUUGGCAAAGUGGUUUUGAAAAAAGAAGAUGAAGUUUCAAAGCUGAAUGAUGAGAUCACCAAGCUUGGCGAAGAGGUUUCCUCUCUGAAGGAAGACAACGUGGAUGUCCAGAUUAGUCAAUUCAAGGCAGGUUACGACCAAGCUCUUAAGCACAUUGUCUUCCUUCAGCCUAAUUUCGAUAUCUCCUCUAUGGCCCCAUUUAAUGAGAUUGAGGGUGACAAGCUGGUGGACCCUUUCAAAGAUGAAGAUGAAGACGAGGAAGAGGAAAGGCCAAAAACCAAACCACCCAUCAAUGCAAUGAAUGAAAAAGCCAAUAAUGUUGCAUCCAAAUUAAAGAAGCUAGCAGAAGAUUUCUAUUUCCUUUUUGAGUGCCACACAGAUUAUGCAGUGUUGGCAAUGUCGAAUGCGAAGAAGAAGAAGAUGAUGAUGGUGGCCAAAGUCGAGAGGCAAACGCUUGAAGCAUGCAUGAAAUGCCCUCUUUGCUAUAAGAUUUUCAGAGAAGCUACCACCAUUUCUCUCUGCCUUCACACCUUUUGCAGGAAGUGCAUAUAUGAGAAACUUUCAGAUGAGGAGAUGGAUUGCUGUCCAGUAUGCAAUAUUGAUCUGGGGUGCAUGGCAGUGGAAAAGCUCAGGCCUGACCACAAUUUGCAAGAUAUGAGGGCCAAAUUAUUCCCUUUUAAGCAAAAAAAGAUAAGACCUCAAGAAGUUGUUCCUUCUGUAUCCCCACCAGCGAAAAGGAAGGAAAGAUCACUUUCAUCACUGGUGGUUAGUGCUCCCAAAGUUUCGACAAACACUGGCUUUACAGGAAAGAGAACUAAAACCAGUACAAGAAAGGCUGCUACUUUACGUGGAUGCAAUUUUAACCUUGAAGAAUCCAUAAAGACUGAAGGAAAACAUGGUGAACAUAAUUUGGUUCCUUCCACAGCUGAGCCUUCUAAGAAGCAUAGGCCCAAUGAAGAUACAAAGAACAGUAUGGACCUUACAGAAGAGAAGGUUGAUCUCUGGACACCCUUGCACUGUCUUCUUGAAGUAGCCAAUAGAACAAAGUUCUCCAAGUCAAAUUCACAAGGGACUCCUCAUGCCAAAUUAGAAGGUAAUCUAGCUACUCCUCAAGGUGGACAAAAGAAGUCUGAAACUACAACCAAAUCAGAGACACUUGCUUCUGUCCAGAGUGCCAAAACCAAGGAUAAUGGGCACAAAGCAAAGCUUGGAGAUGAUAAGGAUGGAAAAACCUUUCCUUCAGGACCAAGGAAGCGAAGAAGGGUGCGUCCUGAUAGUCAGAAAAAAAAAGCAGCAUCCAAGAUCAUGUUAGAUGCAACAGAGAGCAGAUGCAACGGGGAAAACAGUGCUAUUUGGUUUUCAUUAGUUGCUUCAGAAGACCAGAAAGGAGAAUUUCCCUUGCCUCAGAUUUCAGCAUGUUAUUUAAGAAUAAAGGAUGGUAAUGUUCCCGUCUCAUUUAUUCAUAAGUAUCUUGCGAAGAAACUUAAUCUUGCCAGCGAAGCAGAGGUUGUGAUAACAUGUAGGGGCCAGUCCUUGCUCCCAUCUUUGAAACUGCAUAACAUAGUAGAUUUGUGGUUGUGUACAACACCAUCCUCAAAAAAGAUAAGGGCGUCUGUGGGAUCCUCGGCUAAGGAGUUUGUGAUGGUUUUGUCAUAUUCUCGAAAUCCCUUACCUCUGUGAUACUCCCCUACCCUACUUUAUUUUGUAUGGACUCUUGUUAAUUUACAUAGUAUACAACUAAACCCGAUAAAAUUCUCUCAGAUAUUCCAAUUUGGAUUUUUGUCAUUUAUCUAAAUUUAAAAUAUUUAUACAAA